AUGAACAAAAAUGGAACAGCUAAAAUGAAUGAUAAUCAAAUUAGAGCAGAAGGUAGAAGGUUAUUUAAACGCUUCUAUAACAUUCCUGAUGGUGUUAAUCCUAAAACUCGUAGAAGCUAUUUAAAUGAAGCAAUAGAUUCAUAUGAAGGGUUUGACAUUUCAUCAGAAAGUGAGAGAUUAGCGAGAAUGUUAAAUGUUAAUAUUGAUUUCUAUUAUUGUGAUCCUCAACCAGAAGACGUGGACAUAAAUAAGGUAGACUUUCCAUUAGUGGAAUCAAUAAUGAUAGAUCCAGAAUUUGAAACAGUAAAUAUUUUAUUAACACAGAGUCCAUGUGGAAAACUUCACGCUGACAGAAUAACAGACGUUGAAGCACUCACCGGCUAUAGAGUUUGUCCAUAUUGUAAAGAAGAAGUUUAUUCUAUCCGUGAUGAUCCAGAAAGGAAAAACCAAAGAAGAUUUUUAAAGCAUUGUGAGAAAUGUAAAGAAAAUAAUGGAAGAUUAAUUCAAGACGUUCAAUUGCAAAAGACACAGCAACCAUAUGCACCACAUAUUACGAAACAGAAGAUAUAUCAGUGGUUAUUAGCUCAUAAUUUGCAGAAAUAUUAUAAACCGACAAGAUAUUAUAUUACUUUUGACUUCGAAACAUUAGAGACUAAAGAAGAAUUACAACUUUCUGAGUGUGCAACUUUGAACGCUUACUUAAAACCAUUCA